UGCAGUCCGUCCAGGGUGCAGCAGACUGCAGUCUCCCUCCUUCAUUCACUCCUCCUCACGCACGGUGCUGGGACCAUGGCCUUCUUGUCUAUAUUUGCGUUGGCGGCCGCCGUGGUCUCUGCUGGAGGAAGCGUUGGGCCGAGCACCAACAGCUUUUGCACUGAGUCGAAGGAGUGCCUGGAGUACCAGCUGGUCUGCAAGACCGACGAGUACGAGGUGCGACACUACAGCCCCACCCGUUGGGUGUCCACAGACGCAGAGGCCUACUUCAUGGGCGUGGGUGCAGCCAUGGCCUUCAGGAGACUCUUCCAGUACAUCACUGGCGCCAACGAGGGAGGCUUCCAGAUGGAGAUGACCGCCCCGGUACUGGUGAGAAUCCAGGAGGAGACCCGGAUGUGGGAGCCGGCCGUGUACUCGCUCAGCUUCCCGCUGCCGGCCGUCUAUCAGGAGGAGCCGCCGGCGCCCACCAGUGACAAGCUGUACUUCACGGAGAUGCCGGAGAUGGACGUCUACGUGAGGAGCUACGGCGGCUGGAUGCUGUCCGUCACCUCGCGGCUUCACGCUCACCUGCUGAACAAAGAGCUGGGCAGGGUGGGGGCUUCCUACAACCACAGCUUCCACUACAUGGUCGGCUACGACAGUCCCCUCAAACUGCUGAACAGGCACAAUGAGGUUUGGUACGUGGCCGAGGGGGAUCCGGUCUGCAAGGAUCCACAGGAGCCGACCCCCGCACACACCCCCAGGGUCACUGCCCCCGACUCCCCCACAGACUCACCGUCCGACCCCCUCCCUCACACUCUCUCCAGCUCACCCGCCCUCCCCCCCUCCAACGCUUCCUCACCCGCGUCCUCCAACUCCUCUUCCCCACCCGCGCCCUCCGACACCCCCGGACCCCCCCCGUCCAGCGCUCUGCUCCGCCCCUCCUCCGACGCCCCCACUCAGGUCUCGCAUGACCCAACCGCCAAUUCCACGUCCCCGGUGUCCCCGGUGUCCCCGGGGUCGGCGGGGUCGGGGGGGAACAGCGCGGCCGGCGGUGACUCGGCCCUUGAGGCCCAGUAGCUUCUCAGGAGUCUGAGGAGAAAGAAGCAGGUGUUUCUCCUGCUGUGUGUUACUGUAGCUCCUCCUCUUGGCACUAGGGAUGUUCUCUGCACCCUAUCACGGCUUGGCAUCUGCAGCUUCCUGUCCGCUCUGUAGUUCUGAGCUCAUCACCCAGCCGCUUCAUAGAAAUAGACGUGUUCGUCGCCACGGUUACUGUUAAGCUUAAAACUAACGAGCAGCUAUUAGGAGCUCCAUGGAGCCUGCUCAGUGACCUAUCAGAGGAAACACUCGUCACGUGACCAGCCGUUCUUCUUCUUCAGUCAAUAUGCUACCAGCCUCUCGUCUGUCUCCGACUUCCUGUCCGCUGAUCUCUUGAUAUUUGAGCUGCCGUGUUGGAGAAUCAUCAUGGUCGUUAGCAGUAAUCCUGUAUGGCGUCUGAAGAAGGAGAGGUUCUACUACAUCCUACACUAUGACCUCUUCUUCUUCUACAUCCUACACUAUGACCUCUUCUUCUUCUACAUCCUACACUAUGACCUCUUCUUCUUCUACAUCCUACACUAUGACCCCUUCUUCUAAAUCCUACACUAUGACCUCUUCUUCUACAUCCUACACUAUGACCCCUUCUUCUAAAUCCUACACUAUGACCUCUUCUUCUACAUCCUACACUAUGACCCCUUCUUCUUCUACAUCCUACACUAUGACCCCUUCUUCUUCUACAUCCUACACUAUGACCCCUUCUUCUUCUACAUCCUACACUAUGACCUCUUCUUCUUCUACAUCCUACACUAUGACCCCUUCUUCUAAAUCCUACACUAUGACCUCUUCUUCUACAUCCUACACUAUGACCCCUUCUUCUAAAUCCUACACUAUGACCUCUUCUUCUACAUCCUACACUAUGACCCCUUCUUCUAAAUCCUACACUAUGACCUCUUCUUCUUCUUCUACAUCCUACACUAUGACCUCUUCUUCUUCUACUUCAUCCUACACAAUGACCAACGUCGCUAGUUAGCAUUGAUCUCUAGCUGAGCUGCACAAUAAAAACAUGUGACUAAU